UUUGCCUAUCAGUAAUCGAACUUUGAAAAUAAUCUUUGCAGCAACACUUUAGAUGGAAAUACCCGCGAGGAGAAAACACUUAGCAAAUUGGAACACGAUCGACCCCUUGGCUCUUGCAUAAAUUUGAAGAGCAAACAGUUGUUGGGGCUGAACUGUCUUCAGUUAGUUUCUACCAAUGGGAGAAACAGACGUAAAUAAUAAUGAAAAUAAUGGUAAUUCAGCCAACCGUGUGCAUUUCCAUUAUUACAGGGAGAGGUGCGUCUUAAUUUUGGUCAUUUCGGAUCCAAUCAAGCCGACCUGUUCUCUUUUUGCUUCUUCAGAAAAAGAAUAAUUAAAUUAUUUUUCAGCAUUUGUAUUCAAUUUGCAUUUCUAAUUUGACACACCAAGCUGAAUUUAUUAAUUAUGCUAAUUAUUGUCUAACUUUCGAUUUGACUGAAUGACGCCACCUUGUUUUGAACUGAUAUUUUGCUAACUUUUGAUCAGAUCAAGAUGGCAAUGGCGUCUUUUUUACCUCUUUGAUUUAUAGCGCAAUUUAACUGAGAAUUGAGCUGCGAGAAAAUUAUAAGUUCAAUUUUGUUUUUGAAAAAAUUUAUCCUUUAAUUUUUUUUACUUGUGGCGUCAACAGCAGUUUGAUUAAUUUAGCCUUUGAAAUUUGGAAAUUAAAUAAAUUAACAUUUCAGUGAUAUUAAUCCUUCUUUCAUAAUUUACAAAGUCACACUUCUGCAUAGCUGAAAAAAUGUUCUUCUAUUUUUCUUUGAAACUUUGUAUCAUUUUCAGUUUUCGGAACAUUUUUUUCUCCUGGAAGAAUUAAUUGAUUGAUUACAUCUUAUUCCUUGAUUACAUCUUCGUUGCUUAUAUUUUCUCUAUUAUUUUCAACAAUUGCUGUCUAGAGCUUUGUUUGCUGCUCCUGGGUUUACUAUUUCAGUAUUUUGUUUCCGCCGCUUUUCAGAAAUCAUCCGUUACGUUUUCAAUUGAUUGUUUCUUGUUGCGACUGAAAUGUUUCUUGGAAACAACAGAACUGACAGCGGGGGGGUCUUUUUGGAAGUGGGCGCAGAUGGAGGCGGGGAAGAAGGGGGAAGGAGUGACAAUGCUACUUGGAGUCACCCAGCGUGCGAAUACAUAUUUGCCCAGUUUUCAGAUGCUGCCCAAAACAACACCAUCACAUCUCCACUCUUAGUCGGAAGGUAUCUGGAGAAAGGACUGAUUGGGUGUGCAGACGUCGUGUCCAUAGUGGGCAAUGUGCUGGUCAUAGUGACCAUAUGCUUCAACAUGCGACUGAGGCGCACAGUGGCUAGUCUCCUUCUGCUUAGUCUCUCGUCGGCCAAUCUCCUCUUCUCUCUCGUUGUCGUCCCUGUGCACAUUCUCCAGCCACAGUUCAUGCAUUCCACUAACUUCGCAUGCAAAUUCUUCCGCGCCCUACAAACUACGAGUGUGGUGGCAUCUGCAUUGACGUUGGUGUCCAUAGCUGUCGAAAGAUACUUUGCCAUAUGUCGCCCUAUGGAAUCUUUGGGCAGACAGACUGUUCGUCAUGUAUACCCCCUCAUGGCGGGAAUUUGGACAGCAUCCAUCAUCACCAGCACCCCCCUUGCAAUCGCAGCUCACUCGGCCCAGAUAGACUGCGGAUCCAAAGUGGGACACCUCUGCUAUGAAACAUGGUGGAGUGACUGGUGGGACUUGGCCUACACUGUUACUCUAUUCCUGCUCAUAGUCAUCAUCCCAUCCUCAGCUAUGGCCACCAUGUACUAUUUCGUGGCCAGGGCCAUUUCGGGCGGACAGGCGCCACAGUUGAACCAACAACACUUCAACCCGAAUGUCCCAAAUAACAACGCCCCUGCAAACUCUAACGGAAGCUGCGUUGGACCUGCAGCCUACCCUCUACGGAUCAAUCGAAGAGCAACUCUGGAUCGCAACUGUCCAUCUAAGCGCAGAAAAGAAACCUCCACCAUCAGCGGAACAUCCGAUACCAGACUAACCAACGCCGCAGUCGAAGUCACUGGACACCCGAAAGACUCCUGCGACGUCUUGGUAGCCCGCAGAAAUUCUUCGUCUAACAUCCGGGCUGCAAGUCAAAUUCCGCGAGCCGUAGUUAAGUUCAAGAAGAUGCAAUCACAAGUCGUUCUUGACCAAUCGCAGAAGCAGAAAAAUUCGACCAAUCAAAGCGAUUGUACUAAGACCAAUCCGCUAGUUGUAGUGGAUCCACGGUCCAGCAAGGAUUCGAACCCACGCCCAAGUGGCGUGGAAGCGACUCAAAAUGAAGAGUCAGUGGUUCAGAUUUUGAUGAGAACUGAGCCGGACAUUUCGAGCUGGAGGUCGCGGCUUGUUUACAUGCUGAUUGUGAUCGUAGUCGGUCACGUGGUAUGUUGGGGUCCGGUACACCUAAUGCACGUGCUGAUUCGGGUCAGCAGUGAUGAGUUCCAGGUGCGUCCCAUCAUCCGGUACCUGAUGGCGGCGUCCUAUUUCCUGGAAAACAUAUCCGGAUGCAUCAAUCCAAUUACAUUCUGUUUUAUGAGCAAAGGAUUCAGAGCUACUCUCGUAUGUUUGGUGUGCAGACUCAAAAGCAAAUUUAUAUCCUCCUAAACAUUUACAAUUAUCUCGCAAUGCUUCAAAACAGGAAACAUUUUUGCGCCAAAUAUUUGAUGUAUAAUUUCGAAAAACGAAAGAUCUUUAAAAAACGAAAAACGAACGGUUGAAUGCGAAAUAAAGAUGAAAGCGCAAUGUUUUGUAUGACCCACUCUGUGUUUUUUUGUGCUAUAUGUAGAUUCUAUUCUUGAA